AUGACCGUGAAACGGCUUCUUUACUGGAAACCGAGCCAAGAAUCAUCGGCAAUAAACAGCCAUACAGUGAACAACAUCUCAGAGUGUGUCAAGACUUUCAAUGGCGUCAAAGAAAGAACAUGGAAAACUGAGCUCAGUUAUUACAGACCCGGUGAUCCAUCAAAGCUUGCUGAAUUCCCUCGCGAGGCUUUCGGAUUAUAUCUCAUGGGAAAUCCCAACAAAUAUUACUUUGUCAUUCUGAAACAUAACAUUGUUCUUGAGGCUGAUCCUUCCAUCCGCACUAUCAUGGAUAAACUCCAAUCUUACCAUUCUACUGUUAUACUUUGUUUUGAGGGUGUGCAGUAUAAAGCGGGUGACUUUCGGAUGAAAUUGAUUAAAGUUCUUACUCGUUAUAACAAUCUGAGAGGCAUUUUAAUAGAGAUUGAGUAUAUGCCUAUUUCUUCAAUCGAAAUAGCGAAGCCAAUUAUGGAAGAGUUCACUGAAAUAUGGCAACAAGUGGUGUCCACAAAAGCAUUACCUGGUGAAUUCAUUCGAAAAGAACCAAAUUUUGCAGAAUAUGGGCUUUCUGACAGUUACACUUGGCAACACACUGCUGUUCAGUAUGUUGAGGCAUUUUUCGAAUUAAUGAAUUCAGCAGGACUUUAG